AAACUUUCCAGCUUAGUCUUCCCACCAGCCUUUUGCUUUCAGGAAUAAAUAGCACCAUGCAAGCACUCGAUGAAGUUGGCCUCUCCCCGACGGAUUCCCCUUCCACUUACUGACCUCCCGCAUUAUUAUUUGGAUCCUCAACGAACGCCCCUCUUUUCACACAUCACUCUCUGCCUGAAAUGUCCUCUUUCCGCGUUAUCGAAAAGCUCGCCUACAUUGACGGUGUUCCCCCUGAUAUUGAUGUCUUGGCUGGUCCUCUGCUGCUUGGAUAUUUGUUUAACUGGGGCUUGUUUGGUGUUUUGUGUAUGCAAGUCUAUGUGUAUUACGUUUCGUUCCCCAAAGACAGCCGAUGGAUCAAAAUACUCGUGUACACACUUUUCUUCAUUGACACCCUACAAACCGCAUUGACAACGCACAACGCGUGGCAUUUCCUCGCUAAGGGCUGGGGCGAUCCUGAGGCUCUGAUCAAGCCCGGUUGGUCGUGGAUAGCCGUCCCCCUCAUCUCAGGGAUAGUCUCCUGCACUGUGCAAAUGUUCUUCUCUUGGAGAAUCUGGAAGCUCAGCGAGAGAUGGCUCGUUUCUCUGUUCAUAUCCGCCAUUGCGGUCAUGCAAGGUGUUUGUGCAGCCAUUUGCGGCGUUUGGUUCUCGAUCAUUAACGACGUAACCAAAAUUUCGUCGUUGACCACGCCGGCAACAAUUUGGCUUGCGGGGAGUGCUGCCUGUGAUGUGCUCAUUGCCGGGUUCAUGGUGUACCUCCUCAGGAAGUCUGCGACUGGUUUCGAGGGAACGGAUACCGUGAUCAACAGGCUUACAAGAAUGACCAUCGAAACCGGUGCCGUGACGGCUGCUGCGGCCACUCUUGAACUUAUUUUUUAUCUCAGGUGGAAGGAAAAUAAUCUUCAUAUGAUCCCCGCUCUUGCCCUCGCGAAGCUCUACACCAACACCCUAGUAGCGACCCUUAAUUCUCGCAACCCUAUGUUCCAUUCUUCUCGAGGAUCCAAUGUUGAAUACUCGGCAAAUGGGAAUGCAUGGGGUGGCACUUCGACGAUUGGAGCCGUUGCAAAGACGUCACGGGUAUCAAGGGGCGCAGUCCAGAUCAUGAAAACGUUAGAGACACACGGAGAUGUGAGGGACAGGACGGUCAAUGGAACCCAGAUGAACAUUGACGAGGAGAGUGGAAUCGCAAUGAACGAUAUCAAGAUCGGGCAACUACCUUACAGCGAGGAGAGCACAGAUGACACUGGAAAGGAAGCUAGCGAGGGCAGUGUCAAGUAUUUUGGGCAGGUUUGAGCGAAGCAAAAUAUUCUCCCUGCCUUGGUACAUUCUACCUCUCUAACACCUUUCUCUUCCUCCUCGACUAUCAUAUAC